GACUAUCCCUGACAUUGCCCUGUAGUACUGUCCUCGUACAUUCACCGGCAAAGGAUCAUCGACGAUGCACAAGAUCAAGUUUAUCAUCCUGACAGUUUUGGUGUUCGCGGUCCGUGGACGUGCCGAUGGUACCACAUCAGAAACCAACCGACAAAAGAGGUUUUUAUUUUACGAUGAAGAAGGCCACUUAGUGAAUGCAUAUGGAAACUCAUUAUUGCGAAACUUCUUUCUAAACCCCAACAAUUAUCCUUUCUUCGGUGCUCUAUUGAGUCCCUUCUUCAAUUUCCUUCGGCCAUUGAAUAUUGGCGGUGUCCCGGCAUGUUAUAUGAUCCCCGUAUCAGAUAAUGUGAUUCAAAACAUAAACAAGGACCCGGCAAACCAAAACAAACUUGUCCUGUCAAGGAAAGAACCGGUCAUUGAACCUAAUGCACUUUGUGCUGGAAGAAGAGGUUCCUUCCCAUCUCCCAAGUCGUGUCGGGCAUUUCUGGAUUGCUGGGAUGGCUGGGCGUUCCAGCAGGAAUGCCCUCAAGGUUUAUUGUUCUCCAACGCUGGUUUCUGUGACUACGCUGAUAAUGUGGAUUGCAAAAAUAGAAUGAUUCCAUCAUCAAGUCGAUCCACGUGCAGCAGGGAUUUUGAAACUUUUAGAAAUCAAUACAAUUGUAACGAAUUUUUCGUUUGUGUCAAUAGACAGCCAAUUAAAUUCAAGUGCCCGGCGAAUCUUGCUUAUAGUGAGAGGCUUGGAGUUUGCGACUAUGCGGACAAUGUUAACUGCCGAGUAUACCAAGCUGAUCUACCGGUAGAAGCCACUCCACCACCUCUGCCAAUCUCCACACCAACUAUCCCGUCCAGCAAUGUUGAACCGACGAUACCCAGUUUACCUACAUUCGCACCUAGCAAAGAUAUGGGGAACACGUUUAUCAUCAAAAAUUCGAUAUAUAACAGCGAAAGUUUGAUUGCUGGCCACGAAGCGUCGUCGCGUGAAGAUGCAAUCCGCCAACUGCUCUCUUCUUUCAUCAAAGUGGAAUGAUUAUAUUACAUCGAUAGCAUCUAAAUAAAUUCUGAAUUCAUCUGCGAUACAAUGACUUUGAAUAAGUAAAUCUAACGGAUAAUGUAAUUUAUGUUAAGAAAUUAAAAUUAAAAAACCGCAUGGAAAGAUAUUUCAAGACUUUAAAAGUUAAAAUUAGAAUUUAAUAUAACAAUAAUAAUAACAAAAAAUUCCUCACAUAAUCAUAUAAAUUAUUUUCAUUCUGAUAACUUUAAUUAUAUAUUGAUAAGAGAAAUUAGUGAGUUUGGCUCAUAUUUACGUACCAGAAUAUUUAUGAUUGGGCCACAUUUCACCAAAUAUUUUUGAGUAAUUUUUGAAGGAGACUGUCCUACAUCUAGAUCGCCACCUAUUAGUUGAUGAUGUCAUAGAUAAUAUAAUACUAUACUAGUAAUAAUGUGUUCACUAUCAUCGAAAAGUUAGCCAGAAAUUUACAUUAACACGCAAAACAGUUUAUUUACAACCAGAUUUUAUUCUUGUGAGUCACUGGUGUUGUGAGUGUUGGGUUAUAAAAUUGUAAUCUCACGUCAUUUUUAAGUAUUUUAAGCAAUUUAAGAAAGACUGGGAUUAUUGCCUUUAGAUAUUGGAUAUCUUAUUGCCUUUAGAUGUUUUAUUUUUAAUAAUUAUUUUGUUGUUGUUGCUACCUUCUCAAUUUUGUCAAAAAAGAAGUGGCGUUUUUUGGAUAAAGUCUAUAAAUGUUGCUCACUAGUCCGUUUACAUAAAGUUCGGAAGUGACUAAACAUACCUACUAUUUUAUCAUUCUUAAGCAUCAGGAUCUCUUUAUCGUAUCAUGGCUCAGCGUGAAUGAUUCACGAUUAAUUUUGUUACUUGCAUUAUACUAGCUGUUUCCUGCUAUUUUGCUCAUAUGUCGUAUCCUAUGUGUUACAUUAGGAGCUACUCGUGUACUAAAUUUCACUCUAAUCCGUUCAGUAGUUUUUGCGUGAAAGAGUAACAAACAUUCGUCCUUACAAACUUUUACAUUUAUAAUAUUCAUUUUAUUAUUUAAUUUUUUUGUCCAAUUUGCAAUAGAAAAGAAACUGAUAACCCAUCUGAUGAAAAGUAUUAGAAAUGUCUAUGGCAUAAAGAACACUAUGAAUAUCACAGGAUACACAGUGAUACCUAAAUAUAGGUGUCACCGUGUAUACUAAAAAUCCUAAUAACACCAUUGUCUACAGAACGUGGACAAUCUAGGGAUAAAAAGGAGUGUUGUAACAUUGUACUUUUAUUCCAUUAACACCCAAAAAUAUAUAAACGUUAUUAUACAUUAAUUUAUAUUUUUAUUCCGUUUAAAAACUUUUAUUUUAUAGCAGUCGGUGCUAAUGUUAUGCACAGUCGCCGGAUCAAUUUGUAGAUUGUGAAUAAUUCCAAUUUGCCUCUGUUGCAACUCUCCUAAGCCUCACCUAUUAUUAUUUUCUUGACAGAACAAGUUCUCUUUACAUUUAAGUGAAAGCGUUUAUUUAAUGGUGAAAAUCAUAGUCUAUAUUAUAGGUAUGUCUAUUGAAAUUGCAGAGAACAAUCUUUAUGGUCUGCUAGAGAUACUGAUUUGUAUAGUUUGACAUAAAACUAAUAAAUGACAUAAAUAUUGAAUAAUCGCAAAAUACUAUUUUUUUUUUACGUAAAUCAUCGUCAUGCAAACUAUAAUUUGUGAAAUCACGAAACAUUUUGCAAGUGUUAAUUAUAGUACGCACUAGUGAAAUUUAAAGUCUAUUUAAGUAAAAAAAUUAUAUAAGUCGCUGCGAUUUUUAAUUUUUCACGAGAAAAUAAAGUAUUAUACUAC